AAUGGUCUACGAGUGGACAGAUGCUUCAAGAUUGAAGCUAAUAAAACGAUUCGAAAAGAAAAGAAUAUUAUGGGAUUCCAAAAAUGCCGGCUAUAAAGAUAAGAAAGGAACGCACGAUGCUUGGGAAUUAAUUGCGAAAAAAUUUGGUUUGACUAAAGAACAAGUUGAGAACGAAAUGAUGCUUCUGCUGAGUAAAUAUGAAAAAGAAAAGGAUGCCGUCAAGGAUUCCAAAAAGAAUAACGAGAUUUGUCAAUCUCAAUGGCAUUUUUAUCAUUAUUUCGAUAAGGAUGGAUUUCUUGGAGGGAUAAAGGAUGACAGUGUUUACCAAACUAUUCAAGAACUAAAAGCCAAAGAAGUCAUGUAUAAGAAAUCGGUCCAGACUUCGAAUAAUGCAGAGCCUCCACCAGCGUCUCCAAUGAUUUACUCGCGAACUGCAGACGCCGUCCAUAAACCGUCGAUGGUUUUCCCAACAAUUGAGAUUUUACAACAUGAGGUGAUCCCUCCUCUCGUCCAGGACAAUUGUCAUUACUUCUGCAAACGUUUGGAAUCGAGAUUGAGAGAUUUGAAGCCGGAGAGCCAAAAGAAGGCCAUGAGACAGAUCGAUAUGAUGAUGUAUUUUGCUGAAGGAUUGUAGUAAUUCUGACUCCUGCUUCAGGCCUCUGAAAGAUAUAUGAGAUAUUGUAA